UUGGGUAGUAAAACGUCAACCAGGCUGGAAGUUUUGUAAUAUUUGAUAACUAGCAGCACGUCUUUGGAUAAGACACCUUUUUCGAAUGAUAAUUGCAAAGAAUACGUUAUUUUAUUGUCGAUCCAAAAGAUCCAAUGUUGGUGCUUUUAUUGGAAGUCUACUGCUUUUAAGGAAAAUAAGUAUGGCUUCGAUUCUCGACGACGGCAGCUGUGGCCGUGGGCCUCCUUUGGGGAAAGUAAUUCGAGGGAUCAACUUAAACGAAAAGGUUUCCGACGAAACAAUAAAACAGAUCAAGAAAGAUGUUCACGUACACAGGCUGUUGAUUUUUAAAGAUCAAGGUCAGGUCAGCGGACAGAGACACGUGGAGAUUAGCAAGUGGUUCGGCGAACUCGAGUCGACAUUUUACAAACAUCCGCGAUCUCCACACGAUGACGUUUUUCGGGUGUCCAACGACGAGGACGAAGGUUGCCGAAAUGUCGGGAGGACAGGGUGGCACAUUGAUGGAAGUUUCAUGCGAGCUCCGUUCGCGUUCGCUCUGUACCAUAUGUAUUCUGUUCCAAAGACUGGUGAUACAGCAUAUGUACCUCUGAAAGAGCUGAUUGAGAGUCUUAGUCCAGAAACAAGAGCAAGGUGGGAGAAACUAUGGAUGGUCAGUGAUCGAAGGGCAAAUGUCAUCCAUCCAGUCAUCUACCCACAUCCUGUGACAGGCGAACCGACAAUAUGCUUUCAUCUUGGAAUGACUGAGGGAUUUGUUUGGAAUUAUGGCACAAAAGAGCAACGAUUCACAGAAUUGCCUGAAACAACUCAAAUUCUGAAAGAGAUAUACAAAGAAAUUGUCAAAGAUAACCGACGAUUAGUAUAUUCUCACAAAUGGGAAGUUGGUGACUUCAUUAUAUCCGACAAUCUGUCUGUUGGUCAUGAGGCGACCCCAGAAACCCAGAUGCCACGGUCUGAAGUCGGACUCCGGAUUCUUCACAGAACGACAAUAAAAGGAACAAACUACCCUUCAAAAGAUCCUAAAAGCUGUAACUAAUUGGACUGGCUUAUGUCAUACAAAUCUGCACUGAUAAUGUAGUGAAUUUGCAACAUUAUAUCUUUUGGUGCCAAAGAUUAGAUACAAUUUCAUUUGGGCUUUAGGGCCUGUCUAUAUACUGAGAGAAAGGAAUAAGGGAACACACAAGUAGUAACAUCAAAUGUUGAAGGAAGGAAAUGUUUUAACGACACACACAACACAUUUUAUUUAUGGUUAUAUUGCGCCAGACAUAUGGUUAAGGACCACACAGAUAUUGAGAGAGGAAACCUGCUGUUGGCACUUCAUGGG